AUGGUAAGUGGUUCAGCACCUUUAGCCGCUCAAAAGAGACGGCGUAUGCCAACCCAGGCGAGGAAAGCACAAACACAUCGAGGUAGCGUCAGUAAAGCUACCAGGGUACGACGAAGUCCUCGCAUCACAUCCGCUGUUAAGAACUCGUCGCAGCAAAGAUGCAGAAGCCUGCGCCUCCAAGGUGCCGAUCCUAUCCAGACAGCGCCCGAUUCCGUUCAGCAGGCGAAGACGCCAAAGCGACCUCAAGAAGGUGAAGUUCCACCCUUCCGCUCUUCGUCCGAGCAGCUCCCAAAACGAUUACGAACAUCUGCAGCUUCAGUCGGCGAACGAGUUGGGUGGGAGACAAUUAGCGAGGCUCGGGUUGAAUACUGGAGGGAGAACGGAACCUGGCCAACAGAAGAACAAGAGAAGACAAUGGAUCGAUUUCGGGAUAUCGUUAAUCAUGCGCUCGCAAGAAAACGGUUGGGUUCCCUUAGCUGCCAACGCUCAAAUGCCAGCUUGAGUACGGAAACAACCCAGACACAGAGUCCAAGCAGCCAACAACCGCGGGAUCAGAAGAGUGCGCCGUAUACACAUCCGUUGUUUGAAGAUCAAUUGAAGGAGUGUGGCAGCCUUAUGGAUGAUUACGAAGGAGGUAUUACCGCUCGAAGUGAAAGGCUUUGCCAAAUGCUCCUGAAAGCACCACAGCCACCACCUGAACAUACCCUUUUUUCCGACGACAGCCUGUUCAAGAAGACGUGCAAAAGAAUGAGGGGCGCUAACAAGACCAAGGUGAUCCGCGAUAUUGCACAGCUUAUUGUUCCUUCAGCUGAGAUACUGGCCGACAAGGGAGCCGAACACCUAGAGAUUCUUCGAGAGACUACCAACGCAUGCUGGGUCAACGCUAUUCCUUUUCUCAGGCCUCCUGGUUCCCGUCCUGCUCCUCGUCCACAGCCUGACUUUGGCCUUGGGUUUAAGAGAGAUGCAUUCAAUCGAGAACAGCUUCAAAAGCUGCAACCUUAUGUCGGCGAUCCACUUGCUGAUUCUUCCUUAGUUGCAGCCACGUAUAAUAUGUAUUUUCCAUUUCUCACCAGCGAAGUCAAAUGCGGAGCAACCGGACUUGACAUUGCUGAUCGACAGAACGCUCACAGUCAAUCCGUCAUAUUACGUGGUCUGACUACACUCUUCCGCCUUGUAGGCCGGGAGAACGAACUAAACCAGGAAAUUAAUGGCUUUUCAAUCUCUCACAGCGAUGCGGAUGUGAGAAUUUACGGUCAUUAUGCUGUUAUUAAUGAGAAAGAUGUUAGGUUCUACCGACAUUCAAUUGCCGAAUUCAACAUCUCGCCGACGGCAGAAGGAGACCAAAGGUGGAAGGCAUACACUUUUGUCCGGAACGUCUACGAUUUGUGGCUUCCAGAGCACUUUAAUCGAAUCCGUUCUGCCAUCGAUAUGUUACCGGCUGACUUAAAUUUCGAAGUCUCCAAUCAGUCCGAACCUCACUUUCUAGAUCAGGAACUGCCUUCAUCGCGAUCAGGACUGUCCCAGCGAUUUGACGAUCACAGCUUAGCCGAUGAAAGAGUGAUUCCGGUCAGCCAGCCAAGCGUCCAGCAAAUCACCCCGGACGCAACGAUCCGGUCUGAGCCAAGUAACUCUGGGAAGAAAAAGAGGAAGUAA